AUGGCAUCGAUCAGUUCUUCAGAACUGGAAAGCAUACAGUCACAUGCUCAAGAAUACACACCACACCAGGAAAAGGUGAGCGGCGACGGCGCCACGGGCGCGCAGACGCACAGGAUGAUGUCGAAGGAGUCCGACGAGGCCGAGCUGCGUAAGCUGCUCACCGCGCACAGCCGCGGUGUUCAGAAGAGGCUAUCGCGUCUCGAGUCCAACACGCACGGGAUCGGCCCUGUGGAACCUCCGCUGGAUCUCGAAAGGCGUGAAACGCGGCCUGCGCCGGAUUCGACGUUCCACGAACAGGAUAAAUGGAAGUACCCCAUCGACGAAGAAACCGGCAUGAGAAUAGUGGAGUUUAUCGACGACGACAGCGAGGACCCUAGAAACUGGCCCACGCGUCAGAAGUGGAACUACACCGUUCUGCUCGGUAUCAUAUGUUUCGACGUCGCCAUGAUGUCUGCGAUCAUCACAGGCGAUAUGGACAGCCCCGCUGCGUAUUUCGGGGUUUCCAUGGAGGUCAUGUGCCUGUGUGUCUCUUUGAUGGUGUGGGGGUUCGGUCUCGGGCCCAUGCUCUUCGCUCCUCUAUCUGAGGAGUUUGGGAGAAAUCCCGUUUACCUGGUCACUCUGUUUAUUGCUGUCGUCUUCAUUGUUCCCUGCGGUGCAGCCAAGAACAUCGGCACACUUUUGGCCUUCCGGUUUUUGGACGGACUCGCCUUUAGCGCUCCUAUGUGUCUAAUUGGAGGCUCUUUGAGCGACAUGUGGAGAAAUAAAGAGCGUGGUGUGGCCAUGUCUUUAUUUUCUGCAGCUCCCUUCUUGGGACCUGUCAUGGGCCCAAUCGUCGGUUCGCUGCUCUCAGUCAAGUGCUCCUGGAGAUGGGUCUACUGGUUUAUGGUGAUUUUCAGCGGUUGUCUGUACGCCGUUAUGGCCGUCUUCUUGCCUGAAACACACCAUCAAACCCUUUUGAAAAAGCGCGCAAAGAAGUUGCGUAAGCUAACAGGAGACCCAUCUUACCGGGCCAUCUGCGAAAUAAAGGUGAGGUCAAUGAAGGAAGUUGCCCAGGAAACUUUGUUUAGGCCCUUGGUUUUACUCACUGAGCUCAUUGUUUUCCUCAUCACCAUGUACAUGUCUGUCAUUUACGGUCUGCUUUACAUGUUCUUCUUCGCAUACCCGAUGGUCUAUACUGAGGGUAAGCAUUAUGGUGCCAUCAAGACAAGCAUCAUGUUUAUCCCAGUUGGCGCUGGUGUUAUCGGUUCAACAGUCGCCGCACCAUUCCUCAACAAAGACUACGUGAAGAGAGCCCAACGCUAUCUGGAUAGGGGCGAGGUUCCUCCUGCAGAGCUUAGACUAAUACCCAUGAUGAUCGGCUGCUGGUUCGUGCCUGCAGGUCUGUUUGCGUACGCCUGGUCAUCCUAUCCGCGUUUGUCGUGGGCAGGCCCAUGCUUCAGCGGCUUUGCAUGCGGUUUUGGCUUCAACAUGCUUUACAACCCUGCCAACAAUUACAUUGUGGAUUCUUACCAACACUACGCGGCGUCAGGUCUCGCUGCUAAGACUUUCGUGAGAUCUAUGUGGGGUGGUGCGGUUCCUCUCUUUACCAUCCAAAUGUACCGCAGGCUUAACUACGAAUGGGCUAGUACUUUAAUGGCCUUCAUUUCCCUCGCCUGUUGUGCAAUUCCAUACCUGUUCUAUUUCUACGGAGCGAGAAUUAGGCAAAAGUCAAAGUACGCUUAUUCGCCCUCCGUCGACACAACAAAUACCACGCGUACUGACAUCGAAAACCAGGCGGCUGGCAGUCACUCGUCAAACUCAGAAGGGAGUUCUAAAGUCUAG